GUAGCGUGGAGUUUAGGUGUCACUGUGCUGUAUGCGGUGGAUCCUGUUUAAUAGGAGAGAGAGUGUGUGUGUGAGGGAGUUUGAUAGAGCGGUCAUGCUGACAUCCAGUAGCAGUCAUUUUUUUUUGAGAGCGUUCUCCUCUUUCUUGUUCAGCUCUUUCCAUGUUCUCCUCUCAUUAUCAUCUUCCCUCCUCUAUAUUUUUCCCUCUUAAGCGAAAAAAAGAAAGGGAGUGAAACACAGUGAACACAGCAGCAAGGCAAAUGUUUUCUUUUCUCUUUGUGCUGGAAAUUGGCCUCUUUUUCUCCCCUUUUUUUUCUUUUUUGUUUGUCUCCCCUCUGGGUGGAGGGGAGGCGGCGGCGGAGGCAGGGCCGGCUUUUGUGGAGUUUAGCGCCGGGAUCACAGCUUUGUCGCUGUGUUUGUGUCGCUCACACACACACACACACACACACAUGCAGCACACGUGUGGCCAACCAGGCUCCCUCUGUACACGGCACAAGAGAGAUCUACAGUGGGUUUAGCCUAACAGCAGCAGCCUAUAGGCGAUAUCUCCAUCUGGACUGUUAACUGCUGGAGCAGGACCCCCUUCCUCCUCCUCCUCCUCCUCCUCCUCCAGUGCCUCAGUGAUGUCCAGUGUUUUUGGAUCAAACUACAGUUCCAGUUGACUGUACCAGUUGAUGACUGUCGGACCGGUUCGUGUGGAGGGAGUGAGCGAUUGUUUGGAUACGGAUUGAGUAACAAAAACAAGGAAGGAAGAAAAGAAAGCAAAAGAGAAAAAGGAGGUGACGGAGCUGAAGUGUGCUCAGUAAGGAGAGAGUGAGAGAGAGAGAGUGACAGAGAGAGAGAGAGAGAGAGAGAGAGAGAAGGGACUUGUGUGGCACUAGAGAUAUAGGGAGAAGAAGAGAGAGAGAGAGAGAGAGAGAGAGAGAGAGAGAGAGAGAGAGCAGUGGGAGGGAGAGAGAGAGAGAGAGAGAGAGAGAGAGAGGAUCCAGCCCUCUGGGACAGCAGUGUGUGUUUUGGGGGUGGACAGAGUGGCUUUGUAUGCAGAACAUCACCGGACACCAACGGGAGGGACGCUGUCAGUUGUUCUCUGUGUGUGUGUGUCUGUAGUGAAACCAGACCUACCUCUGAUCCCUGCGCCACACACACACACACACACACACACACACACACACACACACACAGACACACACACACACUCCUCCAUCUGCUGCCCAGGAGCCUGCCUUCUGCCUCCCUCUGGACUGAACCCCUCUGAGAGUGUUUGAAUGUGUGCGAGAGAGUCUCGCAGAGCUGAUUCCCGGAGGUCAGGAGCGAUAGGCUGUGAUGUGGAACUUGUGGGAUUAAACUUUUCUGGCGGCUCGGCAGCGACAGCGAUGGAUUGGAGCCGAGAGACGGGAACUUCAAACUCUUGAAUGACCAGAGGAGGAUUUGCGAGCCCCACUAAAAACCACCCGUCUUCUCUUUCCCCUGAUUCUAUCUUCUGUACUUCUGCGCCUGGACCUUGUGUCAGUGUGUGAGCGGCCCAUGUGGGCGGUGAGGGAUGUGGAUCUGAGCAAACUGCACGCCCCGAUGCCCGCUGCUAUGCUCCCGUGCCCUGCGCCGGCCGGGUCUGACUGGAGCUUCCAGAACCCGGUGGGGGUGGACUGCAGCUCCCCCGAACCCCGCUGCAUCUGGCUGGCGGUGCUCCGCGGUGCCACGGGUUCAGUGUCGCCGCCCGCGCCGCGCACCAUGCCCACUGGGCACAAUCAGAGCUCUCACCAGCCCAGGGCUAAGGGGCGGAGGGAUGGUCUCUCCUCAGCCGGUGACAACCCUCGGCCGCCGAUGGCGACCCGGCCGGGAAGGGAGGGGGGCGGCGUGGGCUGGAAGGGUCCCCGGACGCUGGUUCUCCAUAAGAACUCCCAGGGUUUCGGUUUCACCCUGCGGCACUUCAUCGUUUACCCUCCAGAGUCGGCCCUGCACACCAACCUCAAGGAUGAGGAGAACGGCAACGGAAAGGGGUAUCAGAAAGGUCGAAUGGAGCCGAUGGACACUAUAUUUGUGAAGAGUGUGAGAGAAAAGGGUCCGGCCCACCAGGCGGGCCUGUGCACAGGGGAUCGGCUGGUGAAAGUGAACGGAGAGAGUGUCCUCGGAAAGACGUACUCGCAGGUGAUAGCCCUCAUUCAGAACAGUGAGAGUGUGUUGGAGCUCUCCAUUAUGCCAAAAGAUGAAGAUGUGCUUCAGUUGGUAAGUGCAUACUCCCAGGAUGCCUACCUGACAGGCAACGAACCCUACUCAGGGGGAGCUGAGAACCUCCCACCGCCGCCUCCCCUCUGUUACCCACGCUCCAAGAACACGCCCCCUGCUGGAGCCCCUCCACCAGCCCCCAUGGGCCAGAACCAGCUGGAUAACUGGAGUCGCUGGCCAGGUUCCUCCAGCCCCUCUUCACCCCUGGACAACCGCUCCGCUGUGGGCAGCCCAGCCAGCUGGCAGGAAGGGCGGGCAGGAGAGCCAGGCGGUGUGGGUCACAGCAGCCCGGCCCACCGCACAGAGGAGAUCCAGUACGGUAUGACCAGCCAGCAACCUCAGGGACAGACCAGGGGGCGCUCCUACUCUUCGUCUUCCUCAUCGGGAGGCCCCUUGUCCAGCCCGCUGCAAGUCCACUACCCAAACCACCACGCUUCCAGCUCCUCCCAGGCUAAGCCGCGCAAGUCCAGCUCAGCCUGGACCAGUCCCCCCCUGCCCCAGCUCAGCCACGGCCGCAAUGAGCGCUGCCAGCAGGCCCUUUCUGACUGGUACUUCAACCAGAACCCUGAGCGCUCAGGACGCAGCAUGCAGACCCGCCACCGCAGCUACUCUCAGGACCGGCUCAGUGAAAACAGGAGGCAGCAGCAGCGGACAGGUGGCUGGCCGCACAGCGCCUCCCAGGACACUCUGCUGUUACUACAGCAGUCAGGACCAGGACCCCAUGGAGAGCCUUACUGGUCCUAUGGAGACUGGGAGGGGGGCCCAGAUAGGGGGCAACCAGUCUCUAACUAUACCCGAACACGCUCUGAAAACCUGCUGGCCCAGUACGAUCGCCACGGCCGCUCGUUAGAGAUGCUGGACCGAGCGGCAGCUGGACUGGUCUCGCCUCGGUUUGAGAGGCCUUCGUGGAUCCAGCAGGCUCCGCAGCCACCCCCCAGGACUGACGCCUACCCGAGGCAGGGGAGUCAUUACGGUGCAGCACAAGCUCCUCCGAUGUCUCGACCGUCACAUUCUAAACACCACCCCCAGACUCACACCCAGGCCCACUCCCAGUCUCAGCCCCAGCAGGCCGCCCCCCAGAGCAGACGACUUCCCACCGGGCAGAGCAUGGACGACCAGCCGGUGGGCUACCGCAGCUACAGCCCCUCUUUUUACCGCAAGACUGGCCGCAUCAUGCAGCAAGCCCACUCUUUCAGGGACCCUUCGUACUCUGGCCCCCACUUGAACUGGAACCCAACACCCAAAAGCCCCCCAGAGGGCACAACAGCACCCAUCACUGCCUCUACCGCGCCCCCUCUUGCCUCCGCCUCUCCCGAAUCCCAGGACAGAGCGUACAGGCCGACAAACCACGAGAGGGAACGAGGGUCAGUGGAGGGGCAGGCGGAGGUGGCACAGACCCAGGAAGUGGUGCUGAGGCAGAAACCUCCCACCGGGCGGAGGAACGCCUACGGUAUGCGUCACCCCCACUACGCGCUGCCCAUGGACGGGCUAGAACCCUCUUUGUUUUCUCCUGAUCCCCAAGACUCAGCCCCUGCCCCUGGUUCCACAGGAGACGUAGCCCCACGCAGACCUAACGGCAACCUCGCCCCCCUUCCCAUAGAGGAUGACUCCCUGGCCUCAAUCCCCUUCAUAGAUGAGCCGACCAGCCCCGGCGCUGAUUUGCGCGCCCGCCACGUGCCGGCGUCCUCCGUGGUGUCCAGCGGCAUGAGUUCGGCGCCCGCCGUGGUCGCCAGCCCCGCCUCCCCUACCUUCACCUUCCCCCUCACUAGGCUCUUCUCACACGACUGCAGCAGUAUUAAAUCCAGUCGCCGUUCCUCCUAUCUUCUAGCCAUCACCACCGAGCGCUCCAAGUCAUGUGACGAAGGACUCAACACGUUCAGAGAGGAAGGACGAGUAUUUUCGAGGCUACCAAAGAGAGUGAAGAGUUUCUUCACAGAGGGGUCUCUGGACAACCUUGGGACUGCAGAGGAGGUUCGAUCCAAACGCCACUCCACCUCAGAGCUGGGAAACAUCACUUACAGCGACGUACGACGAGAAGGAUGGCUGCACUACAAACAAAUCCUCACGGAGAAGGGCAAGAAGGUGGGUAGCGGCAUGCGUCCGUGGAAGAGAGUCUUUUCAGUCCUUCGCUCCCAUUCGCUGUUCCUCUACAAGGACAAGAGGGAGGCGGUGCUUCGCGGGGCCACGAUCGGAGGCGCGGCCGAGGACGAGCAGCCGAUCAGCAUCCGAGGCUGCCUGGUGGACAUCGCGUACAGUGAGACAAAACGAAAGCACGCUCUGCGGCUCACCACCCAGGACUUCUGCGAGUACCUGCUGCAGGCCGAGGACCGAGAGGACAUGCUGGACUGGAUCAAGGUCAUCAGGGAGAACAGCAAGACUGACAGCGAGGAGCUCGGCUUUUCCAGACAGGCGCUCAUCAAUAAGAAACUGAAUGAUUACAGAAAACAGAGUCCGACAGGCAGCAAACCCGACUCCUCUCCCAGGAUGCCCCGCAUGAAGCCUCCCUUCCUGCUCGCCAAGGCGGAAAACGCUGCCGGUGCACCGCGCUCCCCCAAACCAGAGGGCAAAGAUGAGAGCGGCCCUCCGAAGUCUCCCUGGGGAAUCAACAUCAUGAAGAAGACAAAGAAGGCCGGGCCCAAAGCCUUCGGUGUGCGGUUGGAGGAUUGUCAGCCGGGUGUGAACAACAAGUUCAUCCCGCUGAUCGUGGAGAUCUGCUGCGGUCUGGUGGAGGACAUGGGUCUGGAGUACACCGGGAUCUACAGAGUCCCCGGGAACAACGCCAUGGUGUCGAUGCUCCAGGAUCAGCUCAACAAGGGCGUCGACAUCAACCCCGCAGAGGAGAAGUGGCAGGACCUCAACGUCGUGAGCAGUUUACUCAAAUCCUUCUUCAGGAAACUUCCAGAGCCGCUCUUCACCAACGACAAGUACAACGACUUCAUCGACGCCAAUCGGAUGGAAAAUGCAUCAGAAAGACUGAAGACCAUGAAGAAACUGAUCCGAGACCUUCCCGAUCAUUAUUACCACACUCUGAAGUUCCUGGUCGGUCACCUGAAGACUGUAGCCGACAGCUCCGACAAAAACAAGAUGGAGCCUCGUAACCUGGCUCUGGUGUUCGGGCCGACGCUGGUCCGGACGUCUGAGGACAACAUGAAAGAUAUGGUCACACACAUGCCCGACCGCUACAAGAUAGUCGAGACGCUCAUCCAACAUGGCCUCUGGUUUUUCGCUGAUGAGCAAGACAAGGAUGAAAAGACGCCGGUGGACACGGAGGACGUGCAGCCCGCCCCCAACAUAGACCACCUGCUGUCCAACAUCGGCAGGACCGCUCUGCUCGGGGAGGCCUCAGACUCAACCAACAGUGACUCAGCUAAAUCAAAGGGGUCGUGGGGGUCAAAGAAAGACCUCACGCCCAAGGACUUCCUGACGCUGUCCAUCAUGUCAGCCGUCACGGGUCGCAAACGCAGGAAGCGCCAUAACGGCCGCCGUGUGGGCAGCAGCACCGACGACGACUCGGAGCACGAGCCGAUCAAAGCCGGACAUCUAGGGGCGGAGGAGGAAGAGGAGGCAGAGUCGCCGGUAGGAGACACUGCCCCUCGAGCAGAAGGAGAGGAGGACGACGACGAGGAAGAAGAAGAGGAAGAGGAAGACGAGGAAGUUGCAGAAAGCGGAGCGAAAGAGGAGGUAGAAGAGGAGGCGGUGGCGGUCAUUCCCAGUCGGCCGUGCUGUAAAGAGGAAGAGGAGGCAGGAGGAAGGCAGGCAGCCGUGUUGUUGCAGGAGGAGGAGGCGCGGGUGGAGGCGAAGGGGCCGCAGUGGAGAGCUCCAGAGGAUGCUCGCUCCAUUGUUUCCGGUUACUCGACCCUCUCCACGUUAGGGCGGAGCCUGGGGUCAGAGGGGAGGGGGGACGACGCCGACGACGAGCACAGCGAGCUGGUGAGCGAGACGGACAACGAGAGCGGCUUCGCCUCGCGCUCCCUCACCCAGGAGAGACCCGAUAAACACCCGAAAACACCAGCGAGCACACAGCCGCCAGCAGCCCCGCGCAGCUUCCUCUACACGCACUACAAGCCCCCCGUUCUCUCGCCCACGAACCUUCUCGCCCCGCCCACAGCCCUCACAAACACGCCGGACUCUGCGGACAGGAGUGAAGGAGGAGCGCGCUCCACCACGCCCUCAUCCUCCUCCUUCUCCUCCUCCUCCACCACUCAUAAACUGCAUUCGCGGCCUUCCUUCAACUCCCACAAGUUGAUCCAGUGUGACACUCUGGCCAGGAAGAAGCUGAAGUCGGAGAAGGCCAAGGCUCGCUCCCUGGACCUGUUGGAGCUGUCCGGGGCCGCGGCUCAGGGCGAUGGGGCUAGUUCUGGGCCGGACAGCGCACCCAGAGCGAGGAGGGACACCUCCAGAACCAACCCCUCCUCAGGCAGCAGCCAGGAGAGCCUGCGCCCGGCCCGGCCCAAGCCCGCCCUGCCGCCCAGCGAGGCCGCCUCCUUCACCCCGACCGGCCCAGGGGGCAGGUCUCUGGCGGAGCAAGUCCGCGCUCGCCUGCUGGGCUCGGCCGACGACCUGCGCAGCGUGGGGCUGCGGAAACCGCUGUCGCCCGAGACGAGGAGGAAGAGACGGGCCUGGCGCAGGCACACCGUGGUGGCCUCCCCGACUGAGACGUCCGACAAGAGACCCCCAAUGACUGUCAAUGACUUCUCCCUGUCUCCCUUCACUCAAAACCAGGUCAAAACACCAGGGCUGCCUCGGGAUGCAGACGGACUCGAGCAAGGACCGGCUACGCGUCAAGCACCCACCUCUAGAUUCCACCAGUACCUGUGAGCCCUGUCAGCUGACCUCCACCCUUCACUCUGAGGAAAAGUGGCUGAUUCUGAAGGCGGUUUGGGGGGUUGGAGGGAAGGGGGUCCAGGCUGAGCUGCUGACUCCCUGCAGGUCAGUAGACCGGCAGCAGCGUGAAAAACAGGGUCGUGGUUAGUUGCCAGGUGCAACACAGUGUACCAAUGAACUUUAAAGAGCAGCCCAGCCCCCCUUUUUACUGUUUUUUUUCCCGAUAAGCUCCAUUUGCAUGGCAGGGGGCAUUCCAGUGUUGCCAAAGCUUUUGUUGUUGUUUUAUUUUUCUCUUCCUGUAUGUGUGCUUUUAUAGAAAUAAUACAGAGACACAAACAGACCUCAUCACAAUCAACGUUACAGCCAAGAAUUAAUGAAACCGAGCAUCCUUCCCCCCCUCUCUCCCCCCCUUCGGGUCCGCUACCUUUCCUGCCUGGCUCGCAGGCGGCGUUAAUUAGACGGGUUGAAUCCCUACAAAAGGAUCUCCCUCUGGUUCCUGAGAUACUUGGUGCUUCUAAUCAAAGUGGGGGUUUAACUAACAGAAGAGACGCUUAUAAUUACACAAAGUUAAUGGUCAGCUUCAAUUUCAAGAGGGAUCCCAACUGUUUUUUAUAUCAGUCUUCCUAAUUUUUCACUCCUCAGACCAACAGACACUGUAAUACUCUCAUUUAUACUCCAAACGACGGAUUCAGUCGGUCACAAACACGUUCAAUAAAAACAGUCGUCUCUCUCUGUACUUGUCAAUAAUGUUCAUGUGUGUUUUGCGCAACAAUAUUUGUGAUCAUGUCCGAGCGUGCAGGUGUUUGUGUUGAACAAUUUUUUGUAACAUUUGUACAAAGCCUUUUGUUAAGUUAACCUUGUAAAUAUAAAUAUUAUGUUAUCAUAUUUUGUUUUUACUUUUUUUUUAGUUCCUUUUUUUAUGGUUUACAAAAAGUGUGCGUACAAAAAAAAAGUGCACAGUCAUUUCUUUCAAGAUGUUACUUGAAAAUGUUUCCCUUAAUAUAUUAAUUUUUUUUUGUUUUAUAUUCAAUAUAUAUAUAUUAUAUAUAUUUUGUAUUAAAGUAAAAAAAAAAAAGUACUUUUAUUGUGAUUUUCACCUCUUUUUGGUGUACCUGUUCAAAAAGGAGACGAGAUAAAACACGACUAUACCUGUUCCUUACUCUCUCAUAGAUGGCCUUUUUCUCUCUGAUUCUCAGCACUGUGCAGAAAACCUUUAUCUCUUCGAGGUCUUACGAAUAAGUUUUAUCUGGUGACAAAACUUCCAGCGACGUUGCAUCGGCUCGUUACGCAAACUAUCUGGUGACUACAUGUAGCAAGGGAGUGUCAUCUGGUAAUUAUUCCUUUAUAUCGGAGGGGCAAGCUCAGCCCUGACCUCGUUUGUUUUGUCAUUAUUGCCUCAGAUUACUGAGCGUUGCCCCCCUCCCCCCCUUACAGAGAUCACAACACAAAGUGCAUCCCCCCCCCCCUCUCUUAUAAAAAGAGACGGAGAAAAAGUGUUUCACAGACAGCUACAUGUUCACCCCAGUCUGUGGAGGUGUGUUUUCAUCUCCUCCUCCACCUCUGAGGGUUCACCUGUCUACACAUUUAAUAACCUUAAGGGAGGUGUGGGGGAGGGGGGGAGUUUUCCAUAAGGUCAGGCUCUAAUGAAUCCUCCCUGACUGCUGGGAGAAAUGGUACAUUAAAGGAAAUGAUGGCCUGUAUCACAAAAAAAGGAGGUGUCACAUUGUUUUCCUGACCAAAUAACCCAGUGAAGAAAUAAUAAUAAUAAUAAUAAUAAUAAAUAAGUUAUAAUCUUGUCUUACCUCAAGAUUUUUUGUUUCUACAAGUGCCUGAUUUUCUGGAAUGUUUUUUUUUUUUUUCUCCGGUGCCAUGUCAGUUCUUAUCUCUCCGUUUCCUUCUGUUGUUUCUGGGUCUCCUCCCUCCCUCCCUCCCUCCCUCCCUCCUCUGCUGUGGUCGACAGUGUGAACUAACUUAAGGCGCUGACCCAAAGAUGUGUACAUUUUAAAAUACAAGCGGCCUAACUGAGAGCACAUUUUCAAAGCCAAGGACAUGUCUAUGCACCUCUCUCUUUGCCUUCAACACAGGCGUUAACAGCGGAGGUCAUCUCUCUCUCUCUCUCUCUCUCUCUCUCUUUCUCUCUCUCUGCCUAAGUGAUCCACAGUGUGUGAAUAUGGUACACCUCACAAAGCCCUAACCCUAAAAACUUACAUUAAGGUCAAAACAGACUCACACUUUCUCCCCCAAAAAACAGCCAGCGACUCCCAUCAUUGGCGCCUGUUGUCUUGACCUGAUGUCUCAUUGUUGUAUUUUAAAAAACACUUUUUGUACAUACUAUCUUUAAUAUGUAACAUAUUGUAUUGUGUACAUUUUGGAAUUUGCUUUUUUUUUUUUUUUUUGA